AUGGAAAUUCCACGAGCAGAGAACUCCCAUGUUAAUUCUUUAGCACGAUUAGCCUCAUCCUUCCAUGGUGACCUCCCUCAGAUGAUUCCAGUAGAGCUCCUCCUGGCGCCUAGCAUAAAGGAUGAAACUUUACCUUCCGAAAAGGUGGAAGCUUCGUCAAAAGGCAAGCAG